AUGGCCAGGCAGCCGGAGACGAGUCGAGAGGAGCGCGACCACCUGGGCCUCGUGCGCUUUCACCGGCAGCCGAAAGUCCCCGUGGCCGGGGGCAUCUGCUGGAAGGCGAAAACCGGCCAGUUCUUGAAGAAUCAGGCCUACUACCACCAGCGGCCGAAAGUGAACCUUUGGGAUGUGCCCGCCCACGCGGGCCUGAACACCUGGAAGGAGAGGAUCUUCUUCGAGUUUAUGACCUCGCUUAUGCUGCUGAGGUGGCAGGGACGGAAUCAGGAUGCUCAGGUGGAACCAGAUCGCAGCAGCUGCUAG